UGUGUGCAGCAUUGUUGUCGAAGCAUGCUGUUUCUCACACCCCAAACAUCCAACAUAAAUACUUGCAAAGGGUGUCAACUGAUUUUGUAUACUCUUUUUUGUUGUUUUCCUCUUCAUCUCCUCAGCCACUGUUGCCUGUAGCCAUACUUGAGGAGAGACACAGAGCCUGGAGGAGAGGGAAAAAGAGAGACUUGUGCUGAUCACAGAUUUUGCAGCCCCCAUCCUUUCCUCUGUUGCUGCUACAGCGUGUGUGUGUGAGGCAGGGGAGGAGAGGCAGCAGAGGAAGAGCUGCUGUUUGUCUCUACGAGUCGGAGGGAAGAGCAGUGAGCAUUGCAGUGCAGAGCAGAGACGAGACAGUCAGUCUUCUGGUACAUCUCCACCGUGAGCAAACCUACCCAGUAUCUGCGCACCUCUGCCACUUGCUGAGCAGCUUCGCACAUCAGGAUUCCAGUCACACAAACAGGUAUACCUGUGUCCUCUAAAGUGGUGUGUAGAGAAGCAUGUUGUGACCACCAUGUCUCUGGAGAUGGAGAAAACCAUCACCAAGCUGAUGUACGAUUUCCAGAGGAACUCCACCUCUGAUGAUGACUCUGGAUGUGCAUUGGAAGAGUACGUCUGGGUUCCCCCUGGUCUCAGUCCUGAGCAGGUGCAUCAGUAUUAUAACUCCUUACCAGAAGAAAAGGUUCCCUAUAUAAACAGCCCUGGAGAGCAGUAUCGUAUGAAGCAGCUGCUUCACCAGUUACCACCGCAUGACAAUGAGGUGCGUUACUGUAACGCGCUGGAUGAGGAGGAGAAACGAGAGCUUAAGAUCUUCAGUAACCAGCGGAAGAAGGAUAAUUUAGGCAGAGGCAAUGUCCGUCCUUUCCCCCUUACCAUCAACGGAGCGGUCUGUGACAAAUGUGGCAGUCAGAUAAACGGAGGCGACAUUAUAGUUUUUGCUGCCAGGGCAGGGCAUGGAAAAUGCUGGCACCCUAAUUGCUUUGUCUGUUGCACAUGUGAAGAGCUGUUGGUGGAUCUCAUAUACUUCCACCAGGAUGGCAAGAUCUACUGUGGUCGGCACCAUGCAGAGAGGCUGAAACCCCGCUGCUGUGCCUGUGAUGAGUUAAUCUUUGCUGAUGAAUGCACCGAGGCAGAGGGCAGGCACUGGCACAUGAAGCACUUCUGUUGCUACGAAUGUGAGACCACCCUCGGUGGCCAGCGCUACAUCAUGAAGGAUGGACGGCCGCAUUGCUGCAACUGCUUUGAGUCUCUUUAUGCGGAGUACUGUGAUGCAUGUGGAGAGCACAUAGGCAUUGACCAAGGCCAGAUGACAUAUGAUGGGCAGCACUGGCACGCAACUGAGGAAUGUUUUUGCUGUGCACGUUGCAAGCGCUCUCUGCUGGGACGCCCCUUCCUGCCAAAGCAGGGGCAGAUCUUCUGCUCAAGGUCCUGCAGUGCUGGACAGGAUCCAGAAGAGUCUGACUCCUCAGACUCUGCCUUCCAAAGUGCUCGUUCCCGUGAGUCCCGGCACAGCACCAAGAUUGGGAAGAAGGAGCGCAGGAAUGCUGAGCAGGAUCGGCGGAGUGCUGAAGCUCGCCAAUCAGCUCCUCCACCCAUGCCUGACCGUCUGUCUGCUGAAACUGAUCCUCUCUCUGUUCAGAUGGACCGAUUGAGCCUCUCAUCUAGCCAGACCCCAAGCAGGACACCUAACCGUACACCUAGCCGCACCCCGAGUCGAGCCCCGAGCCUUAACCAAGUGUGGAUGAGCCGGGAUGACCCGUACAUCCCCGUUUCCUAUGAGGGCCCCCAGCGGGAUUCAUCCCCCACCCCUGCACCUAUACAUCUACUGGGUCAAUGUAACGCCAGGCAGGGAUACAAUCCCAACACAAAUGCUCAUCCACCUGCCCAAAGUCCUGCCAACCCAGGGAAGAGACCUGAUUCCUGGGGAAAAGAGCAAGGCAAUACCAAGAGGACCCCUAUGGCUGCCCUGAGAGGCCACUCCUUCAAUGAAAACUGGAUCCACCACAGCCAAGACGAGUUCAGACCCAACAAACUACGUACCCAGAUGAGCUUCAAUGAGAUGUCCAGCCAGAACCAGGGCUUCACUGACAAGAGGAGCAUCAGUCUGCAUGGAUUCCAGAGAAACGGCAGACCCCCACUGACCAGGAGGAACCAUAUCACUGCCAUGAGCUUCAAUGAACCCCUCACUCCUUUAGAGCAGACCCCCCGUGUAUCCAUGGAUUCUCUCACUAUGUCUAAUGCUACAGGUAACUCUCUGGAUGGGGGCAGCAAGCGUCAGGAACAUCUGUCCAGGUUUUCCAUGCCUGAUCUGAGCAAGGACUCUGGUGUAAAUGUGUCAGAAAAGAGCAACAUGGGCACCCUCAGCUCCUCAGUCCAGUUCCACAGCACAGAGUCACUGUCCUCUUCUCGUCCCUAUAACAACAACAUGUACACUCCACUGAGAGUCGGAUACCCACUGCAAUACUGGGAUGGCCCACAGCAGCUGGGUUUUGAUGGCAAAGGUCGUGUAGGGGUGAUGGGCAGCAGUGGAAACCUGCGCAUGGCUCCUAUGAGUGAUAGAAUGCCCCGUCGACGCAUAAAUGCACAGGAAUCUGUGUCCCAGCCACAGCAGCCACAACCAAGACGCCGUAAACAUCGUGGAAAUGGUGGUAAUGGGCAGCAUCGUAGUGGUCACCACCACAAACGCUCUCGCCGCUCCCGUUCUGACAAUGCCUUGCACCUUGUGGCAGACCGUCCUGCUCAAAUGGUGGAGCUUCCCUACCGCCGAGUUCAAGAGGAUUACGAUCGCUUCCCCACUGGUCAAGCUGCCCGGGAGUUGUACAGUCUGGAACCAGGUGGGCACAGACAGCAGUCCCACCGGCCCUGCCCACGCACCACCUCUGAUCUGACCUUGCAGAAUGCAGGCUGGCAGCCUGUGGGACUAGGUGGGCCAUGCUGGGGUGAUGGGUACGUGGAAGCUCAUGAUCCCUGGUGUUCCAGCUGUUCCUCUUCCUCUGAGUCUGAACCAGAAGAAGGGUAUUUCCUGAGUGAACCAAUCCCUCGGCCUGUGCAGCUGUGCUACAUCAACAACGAGGAGCUGCGCCAUCGCUACAGCCCUUCUGGCAUAGGUGGCCAUCAUGGACCUCUCCACGGACCAAUUCAUGGCCAACUGCACAGCCGCCAGAGGAGAAAGAGCAAAAACUGUAUAAUUUCCUAAAUCGAGAGCAAGGAGAUUGAUAGGGAUAA